CGAAGCCCCGGGGCGCAGGCGGGGGGUUCGGCUGGGCCGGGGCUGAAGGAGGAGCGCGCGGGGGCGCGGGGUCCCGCCGGGGAGCGCGCACGGAGCGGCGCCUCGGCCGCCCCGCUUCCUGGAGCUGUGCUCCUUUGACCCCAGUGGCAGUCCCUGUCACUGCACCGCUCCCUCCGGCUCGCCGCGCCCUCGCUCUCCCUCCGCGCCCCCUCGAUCGCUCUCUCCCUAGAUCGAGGCUGCUCUUGUCCUCUCUCCCCCCGCCACCCCCGCCUCCCUCCCGCGCCGCGUCCCCCCGGCCCCCGAUCCCCGGCCCCAGCCCGCGGCGGGACCUCGGAGGUCGGAGGUUCUGGCCCGCCCGCGCCCCUCGCCGCCCCCCGCGCGCCUCCCGCCGGCCCCGGCCGCCCCGCGAUGGAUCAUCGCCUGCUCGCCGGGCGCUGAAGGCAUCCCCCGGCCCCGGAGCGCAGCCCGGGAAAGAAACGCACAGCAGGAUUGAUGAGGAGAUCCUUGGGUUCAGAGGUCGGCUGAAGUGCACCAUGCCUGCUUCCAUCCUUCGCUCCGGAAAGUUGUGAAUUGCUCAUGUCUAUAGAGAAGAAGGAUGGCACAUGGGAUUCCUUCUCAAGGCAAAGUUACCAUAUCGGUGGAUGAAUACAGCUCUAACCCCACCCAGGCCUUCACGCACUACAACAUCAACCAGAGCAGGUUCCAGCCGCCGCAUGUACAUAUGGUCGACCCCAUCCCAUAUGACACUCCAAAACCAGCGGGCCACACGCGGUUUGUCUGCAUCUCAGACACACACUCCAGAACAGAUGGUAUCCAGAUGCCUUAUGGGGACAUCCUUCUCCACACAGGCGAUUUCACCGAGCUGGGACUGCCCUCAGAGGUUAAGAAGUUUAAUGACUGGUUAGGAAACCUGCCGUAUGAAUAUAAAAUAGUGAUUGCUGGGAAUCAUGAACUGACAUUCGAUAAGGAAUUCAUGGCAGACCUCGUUAAACAGGACUACUACCGUUUCCCCUCUGUGUCUAAAUUGAAACCAGAGGACUUUGACAACGUUCAGUCCCUCCUGACAAACAGUAUUUACUUACAAGACUCGGAGGUAACAGUGAAGGGAUUCAGGAUAUACGGUGCACCUUGGACCCCGUGGUUUAAUGGAUGGGGCUUUAACCUACCCAGAGGUCAGUCUCUGCUGGACAAAUGGAACCUCAUUCCUGAGGGCAUCGACAUUCUCAUGACACAUGGACCUCCUCUAGGUUUUCGAGACUGGGUUCCAAAGGAGCUUCAGAGAGUGGGCUGCGUGGAGCUCUUAAACACAGUGCAGAGGCGAGUCCGGCCCAAGCUCCACGUGUUUGGCGGAAUUCACGAAGGUUACGGCAUCAUGACCGACGGUUACACAACCUACAUCAAUGCCUCAACGUGUACAGUCAGCUUUCAACCGACCAACCCUCCAAUUAUAUUUGACCUUCCAAACCCACAGAAUUCCUGAAGCUCUGGAUGCCCAACUGGAAUGUGAAGGAAGGUCUAUAAACUGCCAUUUUUUCUAAUUAUACAUUUACAUUCUCUGACUUUGUUUAUUUCCAAAUCCUGUGAGUUCUUUUUGUAAAUUGCUGGAACAACAACAACAAAAAAUGAUACUAGAGGUUGUGCUUCUUCUUUAUUAUUAUUAUUUUUUAAUGGGGUAUCCAUUUGAAAUCAGAGGAGCAUUGUGAAUUUGUAAAAUGACUUCUGUUUUCUCAAAGGCCACGCCAUUGUAAAUUGUUAGUGCUCGCCAAAGGACAGCCAAGCUUUCUUUUUAAAAGGUGAUAAAAAAAAAAAAAAGUCUUAUUUUAAUAUGCUUUAAGCUGGAAGAAAGAAGAAAACAGGUAGGCAGUGUUUUAAAAACCAACCAGAUUUGCACAACUGUUUAAGAGUAUUGUUUGAACUGUUUUAUUAUUUUAUUAUGUUCUGUUAUUAUUGUUUUCUUGGUCAUGCUUCUUUUCUGCAGAUGGGGCCCAGAUUUAUGUGAAUCUUUCAACAAAAGAAAUAGGCUUCCCCUCACACUCUCCCUCGAAAGAAAGUUGUGUCAAGGGAAGAAACCAGCCCACGUUUUAAAGGAUGGCUUAGCUAGUGAGAUCCAUACUGUGGCUAUACAAGGCCUCCUUGUUUGUUGCUUUUAAAUUAUUUUAGCUUUAAGAAUAUGGAAAUGGAAUCUGUCAAGAGCAGGUAUUUCAUGCAGU